ACGUGCAUCGUCAUUCUGACAUUUCGGCUUGCCAAGAUAACCUCGCAACAGGAAGUGAAAACAAGCCAGACAAAGCAUUCAGCUAUCUCUUAUUCUCCAACACGGAACGGAAAGACUUUUGAAGAGGGAGAGGGAACAUUCUGGAGCAAAAUGCGGCAACAAGGGCUUCUGGCGUUGUUCAUUCUACUUGUUGCACCUGCCCUUGGUGACAUCAUACCAGCAGAUUUUGAAGCCAUCGAUCUGCAAAUUCUACCCGAUUCCAUGAUCUUCACAGAGGAGAUGAGCAAUUUCUGCCUGAACAUUACCACCAAGGUUAAGGGAACAGGCGUACGCGUGCUUGAAGGCCACACAUUCAAAGGAAGCAUGCACAUUAUCGGCGAAGGUUACACGCAACUGCGAGGUCAGACAGUCAACUUCUCAGUCAGCUACGUUGAGGAAAAAACCAGGACGGGAAUAAGGGACGGCACUACUUUCUCCGCCAUCGCUACGACCUUCAGUACUUGGUUGGGAUCAUGGAUCUGCUCGCGUGCAAGGCUUUUGUGUGUCGAGAUCAACUCAGGGCCCAAGGUUGAAGAGAAAAACAAAGCAGAUAACUGGAUUUGCAAGGAUAUCAGAGAGCGAAUGAAGUGUCAAACUCAAGCGACAAAGCUUCCAACUUGUAAAGUACCUGCCUUCCCGGAGUUCAUCAAGAAACCAACUGAUACAUACGCCGACAUCAACGAGAGUGUAGUAUUUGAGUGCGCCAUCAAACCGAAGAGAGCUAAGACAAUUGAAUGGUUUUUCGAGGGCAAUCCAAUCAAGCAAGGUGAUCCCAACUUCUUGAAUGCUUGGUUAUACCCUGGAGGUGUCCUCAUGCUAAACCCAAUCGCCGACCACCACUUCGGCUUCUACAGGUGCGAGGCAACAGACUGGAGUGGAAAUGUAAUAACAGCAACGGGAUUGCUCGAAGACAAGGCACAGGCUUGUGAUUACUUGAUGGUAGAGAAACCUCUCAACAGGACACUUAAGGCUGGACGCCCAGUCCUGCUGAACUGUAUGGCAGAGGAUGCAGAUAGCGUCUCCUGGUAUCAUAAAGGCCAACUAGUAAAAGAUGAUGCAGGGCAUAAACAGCUGACGUACGGUCAGCUCCUCAUUCACAGUAUCUCUGUAAAGGAUGCUGGCGAGUAUGAAUGUGUGGCGGAGAAAGGCAACCUAGCUUGUUCUGAGAGGUCGACCAUUCGGGUAUUCAACAAUUCGGACGAAGUGUGUGGUUUGCCAGUCCUGAACCAGCCGAUUCCACUGGACAGCAGCACAAAGCGAACAGGCUUCAUCGUCGGAGGCAACGAUGCCCCUGAAGGAUCAUCACCGUGGCAGGCCAUGUUAUGGUUCGCCGGUACUCCUCCGAAAGAUAAGCGAGGCGUAGCCUUGGGUCGGGACUUCUGCGCGGGAGUCCUCAUAGACGACCAAUGGGUGGUCACUGCCGCCCACUGUAUUGCUUCUAUGCAAACAGAAUAUAGCCACAAUCUUCAAGCUUCAGAAGUUAUGGUUCGCCUUGGAAAAAGAUCUCGAUUCCACGUCGGGAAGUACGAAAGAAACGUCAGCGUGGUAGAGAUAAAGAUGAACAACUUUGUAAAACUAACCUUCGACAAUGAUAUCGCUUUACUGAAACUUGCAGAACACGUCGAAUUUAGCGACCAUAUUCGCCCGAUUUGUCUGGGAAACGCGUCAAUGAACCGACCACAUACACAGGCCCUCAUCACCGGGUGGGGACGGCUUUCAGAGCACGGCCACCGUCCGACAAACCUUCAACAAGUGACCAUUCCUAUCCGGAACCGCACCGAAUGCCGACAAUCAACCACCAGUCCACUGACAGGGAAUAUGUUCUGUGCUGGUUCAGGCAUGCGACGUGGUGCCGAUUCAUGCAAGGGGGACAGUGGAGGUCCACUGAGUGUCCGCAAGGGAAGCAAGUGGUACCUCCUCGGACUCGUCAGCUGGGGAGAGGGAUGUUCCCAGGCUGGUAGAUACGGAUUCUAUACCAAAGUUACUAACUAUAAAAACUGGAUCCUCCAGCAUGCUUUAAAGGUUUAGAGAAAAGAAAUAAGAGGUGCUCUGUCAGGAGCUUCAGUUAGUGCUAAAUAAACUGUUCGUCAUUGUUUACCGUAGCCAAUUGGAAAUGCUAUUCAUGCUGCAACUUUUGUAGAACACAUCUCAUUUUAUUAAGUAGCCCGUUUCAGAGCAUUGCAAGAUAUAUAGACACCUGAAGUCAGUUAUACAUAUUCAAGGAAAGACAUGAAAGGAACGAUGUUUUCCACGUAGUUAUGAAAAAGUAUAAUACGAUGCAUUAUUCAUCGUUACCAAUUAUAAUCUUAUUUCGAACGUUUGUUCCUUGAAUGAGGUGAAAAUUAGACACCAGCAGAAAUCAAGAAUUUCUUUGUUUACUGAUCCGUUUGGUGUGGUUUAUGUCAAAGGACUAUUGACUAUUGAGAAAACAACAACAACAACAACAACAAACAACACUUCCAAAAUUAAAACUCAUGUCGUAUUCAACGGAAUAAGUUGCAAGUGUUGUACAAUAGGUCUUGAUUAAAUAUACAUCUAUAAGAAUGGUCA